CAUCCUUUUCAUAAUUUUCAACUCGUUGGCCGUAAACUUAAUGGUAAUUCAUCCCGAUCAGAUUACGGACCCCGCAUUCCAACAAAAUCCCAGUCGCUACAUCACGUUGGGUUACGUCCAUAUAUCAUUUUCCGCAAUAUACAUCAUGCUUGCGUGCAUUCUGGUGCACGGGUGCCGCAAACGCAAUCACCGUUUCAUACUGCCCUGGUUGUACUGGAAUUACGUCUCCCUUCUCCUCAUCGCGGUCGGGAUGGCGGCCUUUUUUAUAAGCCUGGCCAUCUCUGGGGAAAUUGGGGGUGGCCUUAUUCUCCUCGGAGUUUACGCUGUUGCGUUUGGAAUUCAGAUGUAUCUUGUAUUCGUGGUGAAACGAUUCGUCGACGAGUUAGUGGUGGAGGAUGUCUGCACGGCGAGAGUGUGAAGCUUGUGAAAAGGUUGGAAAACAUUUGGGUGUAUGUGACUGUUUAUCCUCACAAAUCUGGAUAUCGGAAAGAACUUCAAUUUAAUCUGAAUUUA